AUGACCCAGCUGCCCGGGGAUGACCCAGCUGCCCGGGGAUGCCACAGCUGCCCGGGGAUGACCCAGCUGCCCGGGGAUGACCCAGCUGCCCGGGGAUGCCACAGCUGCCCGGGGAUGACCCAGCUGCCCGGGGGAUGCCACAGCUGCCUGGGGAUGACCCAGCUGCCCGGGGGAUGCCACAGCUGCUCGGGGGAUGCCACAGCUGCCCGGGGGAUGCCACAGCUGCCUGGGGAUGACCCAGCUGCCCGGGGGAUGCCACAGCUGCCCGGGGGAUGCCACAGCUGCCCGGGGAUGACCCAGCUGCCCGGGGAUGACCCAGCUGCCCGGGGGAUGCCACAGCUGCCCGGGGAUGCCCCAGCUGCCCGGGGGAUGACACAGCUGCCCCGGGGAUGCCAGAGCUGCCCGGGGGAAGCCACAGCUGCCCAGGGGAUGCCCCAGCUGCCCCGGGGAUGCCAGAGCUGCCCGGGGGAUGCCCCAGCUGCCCAGUGGAUGCCCCAGCUGCCCGGGGGAAGCCACAGCUGCCCAGGGAAUGCCCCAGCUGCCCAGGGGAUGCCCCAGCUGCCCGGGGGAAGCCACAGCUGCUCAGGGGAUGCCCCAGCUGCCCGGGGGAAGCCACAGCUGCCCAGGGGAUGCCCCAGCUGCCCGGGGGAAGCCACAGCUGCCCAGGGGAUGCCCCAGCUGCCCGGGGGAUGCCCCAGCUGCCCCGGGGACAACAUGUGCAGUGAUGAGCACAGUGAUGAGCACAGUGAUGAUCACAGUGAUGAGCACAGUGUUGAGCACUGUGAUGAGCACAGUGAUGAGCGCAGUGAUGAGCACAGUGAUGAGCACAGUGAUGAGCACAAUGAUGAGCGCAGUGAUGAGCACAGUGAUGAGCGCAGUGAUGAGCACAUUGAUGAGCACAAGGAUGAGCAUAGUCAUGAGCACAGUGAUGAGCACAAUGAUGAGCGCAGUGAUGAGCACAGUGUUGAGCACAGUGAUGGGCUCAGUGAUGAUCACAGUGAUGAGCACUGUGAUCAUCACAUUGAUGAGCACAGUGAUGAUCACAGUGAUAAUCACAGUGAUGAGCACAGUGAUGAUCACAAUGAUGAGCACAGUGAUGGGCUCAGUGAUGAUCACAGUGAUGAGCACAGUGAUCAUCACAUUGAUGAGCACAGUGAUGAUCACAGUGAUGAUCACAGUGAUGAGCACAGUGAUGAGCACAGUGAUGAUCACAAUGAUGAGCACAGUGAUGGGCUCAGUGAUGAUCACAGUGAUGAGCACAGUGAUGAUCACAAUGAUGAGCACAGUGAUGAUCACAGUGAUGAUCACAGUGAUGAUCACAGUGAUGAGCACAGUGAUGAGCACAGUGAUGAUCACAAUGAUGAGCACAGUGAUGAUCACAAUGAUGAGCACAGUGAUGGGCUCAGUGAUGAUCACAGUGAUGAGCACAGUGAUGAUCACAAGGAUGAUGAUGAGCACAGUGAUGAUCACAAUGAUGAGCACAGUGAUGAUCACAGUGAUGAUCACAGUGAUGAGCACAGUGAUGAGCACAGUGAUGAUCACAAUGAUGAGCACAGUGAUGGGCUCAGUGAUGAUCACAGUGAUGAGCACAGUGAUAAUCACAUUGAUGAGCACAGUGAUGAUCACAGUGAUGAGCACAGUGAUGAUCACAAUGAUGAGCACAGUGAUGAUCACAGUGAUGAUCACAGUGAUGAGCACAGUGAUGAGCACAGUGAUUAUCACAAUGAUGAGCACAGUGAUGAUCACAGUGAUAUGAACAGUGAUGAUCACAGUGAUAUGAACAGUGAUGAGCACACGAUGAAAACAGUGAUGAUCACAGUGAUGAACACGGUGAUGAGCGCAGUGAUGAGCACGUUGAUGAGCACAAUGAUGGGCUCAGUGAUGAUCACAGUGAUGAGCACUGUGAUGAACACAUUGAUGAGCACAUUGAUGAGCACGGUGAUAAGCACAGUGAUGAACACAGUGAUGAGCACAGUGAUGAACACUUGA